AUGACACUGUGGGACGUGCUCCUCUGUAGGGUUGGAAUGGACAAGGCUGAAGACGAAGAGAUCAACCAGAACAGACCGUUGUCGAACGAGGGCGACGACAAUUCAAACAACCCAACCGACGGAAAUGACAAUGUAAAUGACAAACAAAGCAAGUCAGUAAAUCAAUCAGCAAAAACAGCCGAUACUGUUGCUACUAAUCCUACUAAUUUUACCGCUGAAUUAUCAAACAAGGAUGACGCAUUGACACACCAAUCGUCAACUUUACCGUCCAUUACGGAACGAAGGCGUAAGGGGCAACCCCCUUCAAUGCAGACAUCAAAAACCCCUCCUAAUAUAUUGGGCAAAAACUCCCAGAAAUCUGAAAACCCUCAAGAAUCAGAGGCGCUUCCAUACAUGGUGCGAAAACGUGCCAGCUCCACACCCAAUCUCGAAUUGGUGCUUCCCUCAUCCACACCAUCAACGCGCGGUCAAUUUACGCCAAAACUAUCUUCGCCUCUUGCAUCGAGACACCCAAUUAGUGCUUCGCCCGAGUUAUCCGAUGGUUCUGAUCUAGAUGAACAAGCGAACGAGAACACAGACUCACUAACACACAGCAAGCCUUCUAUCACGAAUCAGGACUAUGGUUUAUUGAAAAAGUUACCAACAGAAGUGACUGAACCGCUUCUUUCACCCAUCGUAGAGGAAUCCAACCCGAUGCUUGAUGUUCCUAAACCUCCAUCUUUAAAUGACAAGCCAAGUCUUUUAUCAGGACCAUUUUACAUAGCUGUGAGCAAGUUGUGGAAUAACGAAUUCGGCGAAGCAGAGGCGAUCUUAGCAAUGGGGAAAGAUGAUAUUCCCAGAUGGUCUGCGGCGUUUCUAGAGGCACAAUUGAUGAAACAUUUGCUAAGUGGACAGGGUUCAGAUAGUGAUAAUCCAUCGUUAACUAACUCAUUGAUCCUGGCCGAAAAGGUUGCUAGCAGAAUCAAUGAAGGAAAAGAAGACUUCGAAUUGUCUUUUUCUUCUUUCAAAACCAUAACAAGAAAAUAUUGCCUUUCUCCAUCAUCUUCGGAAGACGUACCACCAUCCAGCCGUACCAACUAUCGUUGGGACUGCGACCUUGCCCUAGCCGAUAUCCUUCUUUUCCGUGCUGUUCUCCAGGUGAUCGGUGGCAGUGAAAUCAAGGGUGCAUUCAAUCUUCGCAAAGCGUGGAAACUGUAUUCCAAAGUUAGAGACGAGAUUGAAAAAGUAAAAUCCGAACAAGGGAAAAACGAUGCAAGUCCGACGAGUGGAAAUAGUAGAUGGAGUAUUGGAGCACCGUUUGGUGGAAGAAGAGGAAGUUUCAGUAGCUUGGUGGGAUUUGGGAUUAAGAGUCAAAAUAAUCAGCAUGAUGCUAGUGUUGAAGGAGGAAGUGGAGAAAUAGAUAAGGAUGUUGAGGACUGUCUGGAAUUUGGUAUUGGCUUGUUUUAUUUUGUUGUCUCUAUAGUUCCUGGUUCGUUUUUGAGUGUGUUGAAAGCAAUAGGAUUCAAUGCAGACAGAGAGCAAGGUAUAAAGAUGUUAGAGAAUUGUUGGGAGCGUCGCAGAAUUCGAGCACCAUUUGCCGCCCUAUUUCUUCUUGUAAACUAUUUGUUCCUUCCACGUGGCCUUAUUAACCCCAAGUCUACACUAACACGAGCCGGUGAGAUUGUUCAAAGGGCCUUGCAGAAGUAUCCGGCUACUCGCUUUCGCGAAGCCAUUGAUUCUAUCUCUCACGGAAUUAAGUCAUGCGAGAAAUCCAACGUUAAUUCCACAAACUUUUUCUUCGAGCUCGGAAUGACACACAUUAUACUUCUCGACUUGAACAAUGCAAAGAAUCUUCUCGAAACUUUAUUUUACGGUAAUACUACUCUUUAUACCGGCAAGUAUGGAUCGAUCCGCCUGCACGGCUCAGUGCGAGGGUCGAAACGAUUUGAUGGAACGAUGAGGGAGCAACAGUUUCAGGACUUUGAGUUGAGGCCAUUCUGUGGGUUGUGUUUGGCAGCUUGUUAUAGCAUUGCUAGACCAGGAGAAGUCGGAGAAAGAGUCGCAUUGGAUAUGUUGAGUCAGAUACACGAAAUGAGCAGCCCACCGGAAAACAAUAGUAGUAGUGUAGCCGGAAGCAUUGGGUUGUUGGGCGCUAGUGCAAGUGCAUUUGGGUUUACUGGCGGGCUUGGGAACGAAAAAGUGAAAAAGGCUAAUCGGUAUAACAAAUUCGCGACACGACAUGCGGCAAAAGGAAUCAACGCAAAUUACGUGACACCAUUUUUACUGUUCAUCAUCUUGUAUCUUCGUAGAGAUUUAAUUUAUUUACCAAAAGAUAUAUUAGAGAGAUGGUCCGCUUUGCUAGAGACAACCCGGGCAAACGCUAAAAAACCGGUAGAUAUGGAUACGAACGCUGUUUAUCUGCUUCUCCGUGGCGUAUUCGAAAAAUCAUUAAACCCGGAUUCUUCAGUCGCCCUUGCCACACUCAACGAGUGUUUGUCUAUGGAAAUUGGGGUUGUCUCGGAAACAUGGGUUAUUCCGUACUGUAGAUACGAGCUUGCUGAACUCCUCUAUAAAUCACGAGGAAAUAAGGAGGAAGCAGUGGAACAUUUUAAAUGGAUAAUAAAAGGACCUCGACCGAUAUCUCGUGGUCCAGCAUUAAUACGACGUGAUAGCAGUCUCAGCCUACAUUCUCUUGCUUCCCGUUUAUCGGAUGUGUCGGCAUCUCCAGCGAGUAAUACAAAUUAUAAUCCCGAAAAAUUCAAGAAAUACGAAUUCGCGCGUGCACUCAAACACCGGUGUACAGUUGCAAUGGAUCAGAUUCGGAAUGGAAUUGUCAGUCCACCUGAAAGCAACCCGGCAGGCGACCAAACAAUAUCUAUACAAUCGCCUUCGAAUGGAUCUGGCUCUGCUGCUGUUUCCGAUCAGUUAUCUAAUACUCUUGUAAAAGCUUGCAAGUCUAAACCCGAGAGCGAAAAUGAAGACUUGGAUGAAGGAAUUGUAAUAGGAAAGACACUUUCAAUGAAACGUAGACAUAAGCCGUCGAAAUCGUUCUCGUUUGCUAAUAGACGAGAGAGUACAGAUGGGCAUUCGAGCGAUGCUAGUUCAGAAAGUAAAGGGAAAAAGAAGCUGGCAGGAUUUAGAUUUCGAUAA